AUGAAGACUGCUAUUGCCAUCCCAGCGACGCUGGCGCUCAUCGUCUUCGCGGCGGCCCGGCGCUCGCUGACGCCCAUGGGUCUCGUGGCCGCCACGGCGACGGCGGCUGCGCACGCAUACCACCCGUGGAAUAUGCCCUUUGCGCUCUUGGUCGCUUUUUUUCUGGCGGGAACCCGUGUCACAAAGGUGAGCGAUGCGCAGACAGCAGUUAGACAGCACGGCAUGGAGCUAAUGGUGUCGCAGAUUAAGAAGGAUGUCAAGGCGAAGCUCACGCUCAGCGCAGCUGGUGCCUCGGAAGCCGAGGGUCCCAGAACGCACAUCCAAGUCUUUGCCAACUCGCUCGUCGCGUCCGUCUUGUCGAUUCUACACGCGCGCCAGCUCCGCCAGCGGGCGGCCGCCUACGUCGACCCCAACAGCGCCAACCCGAGCGGCUCCAUGUGCUACUCGUACGGCGGGGACCUACUGGUGGUGGGCAUCAUUGCCAACUACGCGGCCGUGGCGGCCGACACGUUCAGCUCGGAGCUGGGGAUCCUGGCGUCGGCGCAGCCGCGGCUCAUCACGUCGCUGGGCCUGCGCCGGGUCCCGCCGGGCACCAACGGCGGCGUGACGCUGCUGGGCCUCGGCGCGGGCCUGCUGGGCGCGGUGCUCAUGGUGACGGUGGGCGUGCUGUUCCUGCCGUCGUGCAGCGAGGCGACGGCGGCGACGCUCGGCGGCGGCGCGCCGUGGACGGUCGCGGACCGCCGCGUCUUCAUGGGCUUCCUGGUCGCAUGCGGCUUCGCGGGCACGCUGCUCGACAGCGUGCUUGGAGCGCUGCUGCAGCGCUCCGUCCGGGACGUGCGCUCGGGCAAGAUUGUCGAGGGCGAGGGCGGCACUCGCGCCAUGGUAACGACGACGCCGAAGGCGAGUGAGAAGAAGCCGGCGGACGAGCAGAGACAGCCGCCGUCGCCGACAAAGGGUCUUCCGUCGCGGGUGGUGGAGAGCGGGUGGGAUCUUCUGGACAACAAUGACGUCAACUUUUUAAUGGCCGUGACCAUCAGCGUCGGCUCCAUGUUCUUGGCGAGUUGGUACUGGGGUAUCCGGGUGGAGGACGUGACCAAGCUGUGA